UUUUUUUAAAUUUAGAUGUCUCUACAAAACUCUCUUGUAUGCCUAUCGGCCUUAAAUUAAUAAAACAAAUAAUAAUGACUUAUUUCUAAACAAAAUCGAAAUAUUAAAAUAUUUUUUAUAACAAACUUGUCAAACUUUAAACACAGCUGCCAUGCAAUAAAAUCACAUUCUAUAGAAUCACUCAAUAUUUACAUUUACAUAUAUAUCUAUAUAUCUGGUAAAAUUCCAAUCUCUCACCAGAGGGCGUAUUACGCUACGCGACAACAUCUCUGUCAACGUCUGAAUGUCAAGAUUCUUGGCAAAACUUAUUUCUACCUAUUGCAUUAUAAAGUAUGAUUUUACAAGUUUUAGUGUUAAGCUUAAAAUCUUACAGUAAGUUCACAAAAACAACGAAUUCCAUGAUUUGUCUAGUAUUAUUGGAUGAAUGAAUGAAUGAAUAUUUAUAUAAAACCUUUUAAUUCGCUCAGGUGUCUCAUAUUUACCAGCUUCUGUGUUUAUAAAAUUCAGACAAGUGUUUGAUUUGCUUAGAUAUUACCAUUACAGUUUGAUAUGCUAAGUUAGUUUUAGUACGUUUUGAUAUGAUUUUUAGACGUUGACAGAGGUAUUAGUAGAACAUAAUAGAGCAUAACGGGAACGAUAACUCUGGGUAGAGAUUGGUAAAAUUCGUCAACAUAAACAGAACGACAACUCUGUCAGCUUGAAAUUCCCCUAAGAGCCUCCAUAUGGUUUGUCCAAUCAAAUUCAUGACGUAAACCACGUGGGAUUGUUUCGUUCUCAAUAUGCAUUUCAUUGCAAUGGUUGAACUGCAGAAACACGCGAGGAUAAGUGGUUAUUUAAUAUUCACAAAGUAUGGAGUUAUUUAGUGAAGAAAACACUCUGGAGACAAAAAUUGAGGAUUUUGUUUUAAAACUGUAGACAAAGAAACACUGUAGGCCUAUAUGUGUAAACGACCAAUGUAUCUGGGUUUGGAAUUGAUCAUUGUUUUUUAACGGUUGCAGAAAAGGUCUGUUUAAUUUCAUUUGUCGCCUGCAGAAGAAUUGAUUUUCUGUAGUUAUUGAAGAUAAAAUGGAAGGUGGAAUUGAAAAAGAUUGCACAGCUCUUGGUGGGCUUUUUCAGACCAUCAUAACUGAUAUGAGGGCAAGUUCUGCGGUUUGGGAAGAUUUUACCAGUAAAGCAGCCAAACUUCACACAUCUCUCAAAGCUACACUGUCUGCCAUUGGGGGCUUCUUGGAAGCUUUUCAGAAAGUUGCUGACAUGGCAACAGGGUCAAGAGGUGCUACAAAAGAAAUUGGUUCAGCUCUCACAAGGCUGUGUAUGAGGCACAAAAGUAUAGAAGCCAAAUUAAAAGCAUUAACAGGGUCCAUCAUUGAUAAUCUAGUCACUCCAGUUCAGGAACACAGUGAAGAAUGGAAAAAAUCUGUGGCUCAGCUGGACAAGGAACAUGCCAAAGAAUAUAAAAAAGCUCGUCAGGAGAUCAAGAAAGCUGCUUCCGAUACGAUGAGGCUACAGAAGAAGGUCAAGAAAGGAAAGAACGAUAUGCAGCUGAAGCUGGACAAUGCUAUGGAUGAUGUCAACAGCAGAUACCAGGCUCUGGAGAUGGCAGAGAAGAACUCGGUUCGGACGGCGCUGAUUGAGGAGCGCAGCCGUUUCUGCUUCUUCAUCAGCUACCUAAGGCCUUUUGUUGAUCAUGAGGUGAGUCUGUUGACAGAAAUAACACAUCUUCAGGAGAUCAUGGACCACCUGUGUAUGCAGUGUAAUGACCCCCACACCCUUCCCCCAGCUAGUGAGCAAGUCAUCAUGGAUCUGAAAGGAUUCGAUAGCAGUAGCGUGUGGAACUUCUCACAACAUUCACCCCCAAGUUCUCCGAGUUCUAUAGGAUCACGUAAAUCCAGCAUGUGCAGCAUCAAUAGUAUUACCUCUUCCUCCAGCGGUUCCUUAAAAUCACACUCCCCCAGUCACCUCAAUCAUCUCCGAAACUCGGCUCAGACAAUACCAAUGGGUACAGCACGAUUAACGAGCGUUUCUUCCCAGGACUCCGGAUUUACGUCACAAGAUACCCUGUUUCUGCGACCUGCUACUCCCACAUCAUUAAACAUUCGCCGAAAGGACGCUGAUCAGAUCAGUACAGACAAUGCCGAUGCCGACUCACAGUCCUCUACCCCGUCAGACAACACACCCUCAGCUAGUUCUACGUGGACCAACUGGCCAAACCCACCAAGCUCCAACUCUAAAUCAGAUGACAAUCGACCACAUACAAUAUCAUCUGCUUAUGAAAAAACACACAACAGACCGGCCCUUUCAGCCAGUCUGUUUGAACCACCCUCAGAAAUGGCAGAGGAAGAAGAUGUUCAAAUCAGGAACAAGAAAAAAGAGAGGUCGAAUUCCUCGUCCAGUGCUGGGUCGGGUCAUUACUCGAGGCCACAGUCAGCAACCAUCAACAAGAUGCAGCCGGUUCUGCCCCCCCUGGCCCCGAAACCAAAGUCAAAGGCAGUCCCACCUCCCAAAGUCCCAACCAUAGGUGAAGCCCCAGCUUAUGUAAACAUGAGUGAUCUUGCAAACAUGGCUGCCAGUAAGAGGAGAGAAUCGGAGUCCGAUGGGACCGCCAAGCCGGGGACGAGUGAGCUCCCUAUGGACCUGGUGGAAGCAAUCAACCAGUUAGAUAACGCUACCGCUGCAUUAAACAGCGAUUACGAACAAGAGGAAGAAAAACACAAAGCCAAGGUAUAUAGUGAGGAAAAGCCUAGUAAAAUGAAGAGGAACACUAUCGAGCUGGCCAAAGCAAUACAGGAACUGGAAGCUAGUACGGCUGCCCUUCAGUCAACGUACGACGGUGACAGCAACACCAGCCAGCACUCGCUACAGUGCUCCAGUGGUUACGGCACGAUGAACAGCACACCAGCUAACUCGCAGGACACGAUAGCCAUGGGAGGAAGUCUAAAACGCCGUAAUAUACAGACUAUCAGCAUGUCGCCUGCUUCAAAAAAGUCCUAUUUUGAUCAUAAUACUACAGAAUGCAUAUCUGCCAAUGAAAAAUAUUUCACCAUCCCUCGUAAUUCAGAAAUAGGGAAUAUGUUCAGAGCUGAAAUGCAGGCUAAAAGGCCCGCCUCCACUGCAGGUAUCCCAGUAUCCAGACAAACAGGUGCCCCAAUUGCUAGGAGAAGUUCUAUGAACACCCCAAAACCACCACCCCCGGUCCGACGGUCCUCCUCUAUUACGACAGCCAAUCCUCAGACUCUACAGAAACUCAGAAACACGCCACCUAGGCAACUCCAGCAGUCUUCCCGUGACCAGCACUCCGAGUCAGAUCGUACCUCACUUCACCGUCGCAGUAACAGUUCAGGAGGAGAACCAGCGUAUGCUGAAUUGCAGACAAUUCAAAUGAGUAUUCAUGCUAGACAACAAUUACAAUACCAGUCAGAACCCAGCCCCUAUGCAUCCGUGGACACUCAACACAUAGCUUAUUCAGCCCCUCCCACUCCAUCUCAAUAUGGAGAAAGAUGCAUGCCACCUAGUGGACAUUACCAGCCCCCAAAAGCUAAUCAGGCGGAACUGAUGCAAAAGCUUAAUGCUCAGUUCUCAGCACUGAAUGCUGCCUAUCACCAGGAGGAUGAUAGUCUUCCUCCACCCCCACCAGAACUAGUCCAGCUAGAUCCUGAUCUGCCUCCACCUCCAUCCGCUGCGGAGCUGGAGGAGAUGGAGAAAGUGUACAGUACGCCUGCAGUACAGCGACACCCUCCUGUGAACCCCAAGCCUGUCCACUCAGGAGUAAACCCAGGCAGUCUGAGGGCUUCGCUUGUGUCGGAACUGAAAGGACUACGUCAAUUGUCAAAUAGUGAGAAUGGAUCAGAGUGCUAGCAGGAGACCAAAGUAGUGAUGGAGUAUGUCCCACAACUUCAAAACAGGCAGACUUCAGUAUAAUGAUAUUUGCUGUUAGAAAAAACUGAUAUAGUAUUUCUUGUACAUUCAUGAUUGAAACAGCAUACUUUCAUAUAGUUUCUACACAGAUACCGAUUUAUUUUAUGCGUUUUUGACUGCUGUAUGUACAGUUGCCAUGUAAAUGUAUAUGAAAUUUUUUUAAAACUAUUAUUAGUAUUUGUUUUUAAUUUAUUUUCAUUUAAAAGUAGUUUCUGACUAAGAAAGUCAUUGUGAUAAGCGGCAAUUAUGCAUGUUCUUCAUUCCCAUUUACAUUCACGUGCAUGUUAUAACAUUUUAUUUCAAUACAUGGUGCAACCACUUCAGUUCUCAGUAAAAGAUUUUUCAACAUAUUUGUUUUGCAUAAUACAAGUUUGAUAUUGAGUUAUAAGGGCAUAUGUUUCAUUUUCGACUAAUCCUCUUCAUUUCCACGGGAUUUGAUCUCCUUUUUGUUUGUCAAAUCACUUCACAUAACCCUGGACAGUACUUCUCAAUUUUAAAAUGAGGAAAGCAUUUUUUUAAGAUAAUGUUAAGAUAUUGGAUAGGAAUUUAGAAAUGUACUUCUUCAUUGGAGAUGCACAGGUCUUGAAAAUUUCUUGUGUGCCAACGGUUGCAGAUAUACUCAUUGAUCUUCCAUUUAUUUUUGCGUCAUCUGUUGGAGUUCUGUAUGGGGGGAACUCGUAACAGUCAUGUGCUCAUGUGUAACAGCAGUGAAUUUAACAAGUGUGAAUGUUUAUUGUAAACUCUGAGUGUGUCUUAAGUUUGACAGGGCAAUCAUUUCAUCAAGUAAUACAUGUCAUGGUUCACUUUUGUCAUUGUUGAAUAAUACAUAGUGCAAUUUUCAUGUAGUGGAAGUCUUUUCUAAUAUUAAUAUUACAGUGUGCUGCUAUUGUUAAAUGUUUUAAUGUCAUGUGUAUUCAACACAAACAGCUUUACCUAUAAGGGUUAUAUGCACUGCAUCAAUCUACAUUAUUACCUAUAAUGUUUUUUACUUUGUAUUAUAUAAAGUCUUUCAAAUUGAAAUUAGAAAAUGAAACUAAGACUGAGAUCCAAACUUGCCUUUAUGUCUUGUUUUCUCUGGGCUCUGUAUGCAUUUCUUUUCUACCCAAAUUUUACUCUGUAUAUUUGAAGCAAUAUCUUUUCACUACAUCUCCAGCCCAGCAGCAGCAAUACAAGGUUUAAUAAGCAGAGCACCUUUUGUAUAUUUUUAUAAUCAGUUUGGUAAGUUCUAAUGAAUCUUCGUUUAAAGAUCAGAGUGGUACUGUAUGAUAUUGCUAGUAGUUUGUGACAUGUAAUGUUGUCAGUUAAUGUUUAAAACUAGCUGAGAUAGGACAGUUUAUGAUAUGUUGUGCAUAUAACUUGCUGGAAAUAAAAAGUGUUAUGACCUAA